ACAACAUAUCUCUUGUACGACUCGCGACGAUUGGUUGAGAAAGCAUAACUGUGAUAAUAAGAAAUCUUACGUGUCAACGGGUUGAUGAAUCUCAAUUUAAGUAUCUCCCCUACUCGACCUCUUGUAGUAUAUAAAUUUCGCCCGAAGCGAUCCAUCGUUCAUACGGCGUGUCCUCGCGUUAGAGUCAGGAGUGCGGUGGCUAAAAAACCUUUUUCGGAUAUUCUACUUACAUAUUCGUUAUUGUACAUUUUGCAGUCCAAAUUAGCAGUUCCACCGUACUUUCGUAGUCGUGGCGAAAUAUACCCAAAGAAUCAUUACGAAGGAUGCUCGACUCCAGGGGAUCGUUUAAAUCGAAUACCGUCCGCCGAGAGCAUACGGCAAAUAGUAAGGACGGAACUGGAGAACGUAUUGGGCCUCAGCGGCGGUUCGAUCGACUGGAGAAGGAGCGGGAUAGCAGCGGCGGCGACAGCGACGGCAUCCGUACCUCCAAUAGACCGCGAGAACGUGCAGUCGAAUAUCAUGCGGAAUCGGCCAGCGAAACCGAAGCAGUGAAGAGUAAUAAAAACCGGCGUUCUCGUUCGCGAUCUGUCUCGAAGGUAUACAAAUCAAUUGAAAAAACUUCUUCGGGGCGGCGCGACUCUUCGAGUGUCUCGCCAAUUCACGUCAGCGUCAAUAGGAAACGGCGCGAUUCCUCGUCAGAUUGUUCCGAGCGGCGCACAACCGUACGCAAGGAUAGUAAAGUCGAGUCACUCCCCAAAAAAAAGAAGCAAGACGUGCGCCGCGAUUAUUCACCUGCGUCCGGAGACGAGGAAGCCUCGCCGCGGGCAAAGGUGAGCCGCAAUUUCGAAGACCGACGUCGAUGCGGUUCCCCGGAAAGUGCUCGAAAGACCGAGAAAGUCGAUCGCGACAAGAACGCCAAUCGGCGACGUUGGCGGGACUCUUCCGAUCUCGACGAAGAGCCGCCGCGUAACAGGAAUCGCCGAGAUUCCCGGGACGAUAAUACCAUCGAUCGCAGAUCCGUCGAAUCUGAGGGUGCGCGUAAGACCGGACGGCUCGAUCGCGAUAAAUACGCCAAUCAACGACGACGUCCGGACUCAUCUUCCGAUCGCGACGAAGAGCCGUCGCGUAGUCGAAAAUCUCGCGAGGAGGCUGCGAAGCCGCCGCCGCAACGACGUCGGGACUCUCCCGAUCGCGAAGAGUCCGCGAGGCGGCCGCCGCCGCAGCGACGUCGGGACUCUCCCGAUCGCGAAGAGUCGACGAAGUCGCCGCAACGACGUCGGGACUCUCCCGAUCGCGAAGAGUCCGCGAAGCCGCCGCCGCAACGACGUCGGGACUUUCCCGAUCGUGAGGAAGAGCCAACGCGUGGUCGAAAAUUUGUGCGCGAGUCUAGAGCAUCCGUCGAGUCUGACGCCACGCGAAAGAAUGCGAAGGCCAAUCGCGACGAGUACGAUUCUGUAAAGCAUAAAGUCGUUAAAAGAGACAGUUGCGAACGCUCGAUCUCGCCAGAGCCCAAACGCGGAGCACGCGAAUCUGUAGUUGAUGAGUCGUCGGUACCGAAUAAUGAUAAACAUGGCGACGUAUCAACGGACGUGGAUACCGCUGUGAGUGCUGCGAUAAUUGGAAAACGAUCGAUUUUACAAUCAUCGGAUAUCAAUUUGGACACGCGCGUACGCCGCGGAAAAAUUGACGAGACCUCAAAAGUUAACGCGCGCAUACGCGAUUCAAAUUUGAUGAAACAGCUUCCCGAAACGCUACAGGCCAAUAAUGCAACUUUAGAUAUUCUUGACGCGCUCGAAUUCCCUGUUGUGGACGAAACUGAUAUACGCGAUAUUCCGGAACAGUUGAAAAACGAAAAAUGUAAUCUCGUUAAAAAUCCCCUGGCAUGUUCUAAAGCGAGCACUACAUCGCUUGUUACGCCCAUGCGCCGAACCAGUUCGGCCAAGGGGACCGUACGAGAUACACGCUCCGCGGUGCUAAAAGAAUACAUACAACUUCAUUAUCCGAAAUAUCGUGUAGUAUUCAGCUGCACCGCCAAGGGUUGUAAAUACACGUUUUUUCACGAGUGCCAUCGUGCCCCUCCGGAAGCUGUUCGCGAUCGCCAAGAGGCACUCGAUAAUGACAUAAGUCUCCGUCAGUAUCUAGAAUCACGCGGCGAAUUGAUUCAUCCCGGCGAAACCCAUGAGUGUAUGUACUGUCAUCUGAAGAUUGUUCAUCGAUUGUGUUAUAAGGAGAUUUCGGCAAAGAAAAACAAAUAUAUCAUCGAUGGUUUUGCGACGCGAUCUGAGAGCUGUUCGCAGUGCAAAAUCCUAUGGGCUCGGACGAUGAUCGAUCCAGAAUAUAAACGCAUGUUGAUGCAAACGAAUCCGCAAUUAAUGAAAAAUAUUCGCGAUGUCACCUGUAGAUAUGAUGAACCGAACGAAAGAUGUCUUUGCGGGUGUACAGAUAUUCAUCACUAUUGCUUGAAAUAUAGCAUGGGAGAAAAUUUCAACGAUAAGAAUUCACUCGAUUCAAUCGGUUGUACGUCUGUUAAGAAUCAUACGGCUGUUUGUAAGUAGCCAAUAUUAUCGUUUUUAGACAUAUUACGGCUGUUUGUAAGUAGCCAAUAUUAUUCGUUUUUAGACAUAUUACGGCUGUUUGUAAGUAGCCAAUAUUA